GUCCUCACGCUGGGAUUGCACGUGCACAUUACAUAAAGGGAAUUGACGGAACUGUCCAGAACCAUUUACCGAAAGACUCACCUGGUCCUUUUUCUUCUCUUUCAAGUCUAACCCGUAAAACCCUAUUACCUAUAGGCAAAGCGAUAAUCCAGCACCAAUUCAAGCACAGAAUGGUGGCCACAAAUCUGAAAGCAGAAACAAUGAAGCUUGCAGAGAAGAGAAGCUCCAUCGAAGCGGAGAUGAACGGUAUCAUUGAGCGCCUCUGCCAUCCCGGCGGUCCUGGUCUCUCCGGCAACCUCGUCGACGCUGAGGGAUUUCCUCGUGCAGAUAUUGACAUUCCUGCUGUGAGAGCAGAACGGAAUCGUCUUGCUGUGCUGCGAAGUGAUCACAAGGAGAUCACAGAGAAAAUAUCUGAAAAUAUACUAGCUCUGCAUUCAGCUAGGCUUGCUUCUAGGCCAUCAUCCCGUAAGGAUUCAGGCCAUGAUGGAGCAUCAAAUAAUCAAGACUUAUCAACUGGCACUGCUGCAUCUGCAUCCUCCCACAAUGUUGUUCUGGGGGAGGCUCCCAGUUCCAUGGAUUUGGAUGUGAUUGUCAGCAUACCCUUUGCAGUGGUUGAUGAAAUAGCGGAUGGAUCCCCUACAGCAGAGGAUGGUUUACAGCUUGGAGAUCAGAUUGUUAAAUUUGGCAGUGUGGAAUAUAAAGUUGGUGAUAAUCUUCUGCAAUGUCUUGCUACCGAGGCUCAGGCAAAUCAGGGUCAUGCUAUACCUGUUGUAGUUUUGAGGCAAGGUGCCCCAUUCAAUGUAACAGUAACUCCAAGAGCAUGGCAAGGCAGAGGUCUACUGGGUUGCAGUUUCCGGAUUUUAUAACUGGUUAUGUUCUGUUAUGCCAUGGUGUUGCAGUUGCAAGGCGGUGAUUGAAGUGGCAUGUUGACAGGGAACCCUACAUUUCUUGUUUCUUAUUUCUGGAAAGCAAACUAAUUAUUGUGUGUAGUUUCAGGAUUUUAUAACUGGAUACAUAGGGUCACAUGUUUGGAUUUACUUGAGCUUCUGUUGAAAGAUACCUGAAUACACAUCUUUUGAUUCA